CGUCGUGACGUCAGCACGUCCCGAGCUCUCGCGAGCGCAGGAAACUGGAGCAGCGACAAACUCUCGCUGUAAAUGUCGUUUUAACUCUUUUUUUCUGCAUUAGUUGUUGUUUUUCGACCUCAAACCGGCCGACGAAAGACUUUUCUUACGGAUAGUGUCGUUUGAAGGGCGCUUUGUGCUUUUAAAGUGGUCGAUUUGUACUUUUAUCCCGGUGUUUUUCCUCAUGGAUCAGAUGGUGACGCGUCAGAAUAAUUCACUCUAAUAAACGCGUUGCGUUAAUUUAUAAUUUAAUAGUACGGCACGUCAUCAAACGUCGGCUUUAAGUGUUUAUUUUAAAGGCUAAAUUGUUUUAUUCUUGCGCUUUCAUGAGGAUAAUUUAGAUUCUUCUUACUUUAGCUGCUAAUGCUAACUAGUGCAGGCCGCUAUUGGAGUUUAUUUAUAUAUGAGUAUCUUGGUAUUUAUAUGUAUGUUUGAGUGUAUUAAUGGCAGUGGGAAUCUGACGGAGGUCUUUGAUUGAUCAGUGAUGUCUUCUCCAUCAUUAAACACUCAGAUCUCAAGUAACGUUAAUGAGUGAUGCUCUCAUUCAUUAUAAAGGCCUCGCUUAUUUUCUUUAUUUUUUUCGCUUAUUCUUCGUCAGAUAAUUAAAAAAAAAAGUGAUUCCUUAGGUUUUAUGGCUUGACGAAUAAUUUGCGUCAUAGUUGAUAUUUUAAAUGUGUUAGCUGUGAUUGAACAGGAUUCAGUAGAGAAGAGGAGACAUAAACCCUGCUCAGAAUCAAGAUGAUGUGCGAGGUGAUGCCCACCAUCAGCGAGGCGGAGGUCGGCAGUAACGGAGGCGCUCUGGGCCCCGGCUCUCCCGUGCAGACGGACUCUGAGGGCCACUUUGAGUCUCUGAUGGUGUCUAUGCUGGAGGAGAGAGACCGACUGCUGGACACGCUCCGAGAGACGCAGGAGAACCUCUGUGUGACGCAGAGCAAACUGCACGAGAUCAGCCACGAGAGAGACUCGCUGCAGAGACAGCUCAACAGCGCCCUGCCGCAGGAAUUUGCUGCUCUCACAAAAGAAGUGAAUAUGUGUCGAGAGCAGCUGCUGGAGCGAGAGGAGGAGAUCGCCGAGCUGAAAGCAGAGAGAAACAACACACGCUUGUUGCUGGAGCAUCUGGAGUGUCUGGUGUCUCGUCACGAGCGUUCUCUGAGAAUGACCGUAGUCAAGCGUCAGGCUCAGUCUCCCGCCGGCGUCUCCAGUGAGGUGGAGGUGCUCAAGGCGCUCAAAUCUCUCUUCGAGCACCACAAAGCCCUGGAUGAGAAGGUGAGAGAGCGUCUGCGUGUGGCUCUGGAGAGAUGCAGCAUGCUGGAGGAGCAGCUCACAGCCGCUCAUAAAGAGCUGAUGUUUCUGAAGGAGCAGGGCUAUCAGAAGAGGGUUAUGAUUGAUGGGGCAGCAGAAGUAAAUCACAGCUCUGAUGCAGCACCAAACACGAAUGGCAAGCAGCGCUUGUCAGACGUAUCUAUGGGUGCAGAGGAGGAUUGUGGGAAGGACGUGGAGCUGCAGGAGAGCUCAAAUCUUCCUCGUGUUCCCUCUCUUCCUCUGUAUAUGACCGCAGAUCUUUCACACGUCGCUUUGUCUUCACUAACUCCAGACGCAGCGCACCUUUCGCUCGUGAAAGUUGGGCUUGUUUUCUGUCGCAGCAUGAUGAACCGUUCUUUCGUUCUCUUCUGCUGUAGUUUCUCAUGCGUGUGUCUCUCGCAGGCGGAGGAGCGUCACGGGAACGUGGAGGAGCGUCUCAGACAGCUGGAGGCUCAGCUGGAGGAGAAGAACCAGGAGCUGCUCAGGGCCCGUCAGCGAGAGAAGAUGAACGAAGAGCACAACAAACGUCUGUCGGAGACGGUGGACAAACUGCUGUCUGAAUCCAACGAGAGGCUGCAGCUGCACCUGAAGGAGCGCAUGUCUGCGCUGGAGGACAAGAACGCUCUGAUCCGGGAUCUGGAGCACACCAAGAAGCUGAUAGAAGAGGCUCAUCAUGAGAAGGAGCAGCUGCUCAUCCAGAUCGAGAGCAUGAGGGCCGAACACGAGCGCGGCCGCAGCAGGAGCAACUCUCUGCUGCAUCAUGGGCGCUCUCACGCGAGCGGCACGCCGGACUUCAGGUACCCGGUGUCGGUGUCGUCAGCGAUGGACAGUCACUACAGCGGCGCGCUGGUGCUCAGACGACCGCAGAAGGGCCGCGUGUCUGCGCUGCGAGACGAGCCCUUAAAGGUGCAGACGCUGGACGAGCAGGAGUGGGACCGGCUGCAGCAGGCUAAUGUUCUGGCUAGCGUGGCUCACGCGUUUGAGAGCGACAUGGACGUGUCAGACGUGGAGGACGACAGAGAGACGGUCUUCAGCUCCAUGGACCUCCUGUCUCCUGCUGGACAGGCAGACGCUCAGACGCUCGCCCUGAUGCUGCAGGAGCAGCUGGAUGCCAUCAACAACGAGAUACGGAUGAUCCAGGAGGAGAAGGAGUGCACCGCACUGAGAGCCGAGGAGAUCGAGAGCCACGUGGGCAGCGGAGAUGAUCUGGGCAGCCGCUUCCGCUCCAUGACGUCCCUCCAGCCCUCCUUCCACAGCUCCUCUCCGCCCGGAUCCGGUCACUCCACGCCCCGCCGGCCCUCACACAGCCCCAGCCGAGAGCUGGAUGAAUGCUGCUGUUCGCCUGCUUCUGUGCUUUUAUUUGAAAUGCUGCUAACUUCCUGUUUCUUCUCUUUCUCCAUUUGCUUGCGCUUCCAACAGCCUAGCGAUUUGCGGAAGCAUCGUAGGAAGUGCGCACAAGACGAUAAAGCCACUAUCAGAUGCGAGACGUCUCCGCCGUCCACACCGUCCUCCGUGAGACUCCAUAAAGGAGCGCUGCACACCGCCAGCCACGAGGACAUCAGAGACAUACGGGGCGCCGGGCUGCAGGACGGAGCGGGCAGCAAUCCCAGCAGCAGCAACAGCAGUCAGGACUCACUCAACAAAGGAGCCAAGAAGAAGAGCAUCAAGUCGUCCAUCGGCCGACUGUUCGCAAAGAAAGAGAAGGCUCGACCCAGUCCGCUUGGGAAAGAGUCUCCUGGGCCAGCGCUGGCAGGUUCGCCUGAUGGAGGAAGUGCACAGGACGCUAUGACGCUCGGGAAGAUGGGCGGCCCUGCAGAGAAGAACCGAAAGCUGCAGAAGAACCCAAAGUCAGGACAUGAGUUGCUGGAGGAAGCCUGUCGGCAGGGUCUGCCCUUCGCUCAUUGGGACGGUCCCACGGUGGUGGUGUGGCUUGAGCUGUGGGUCGGGAUGCCUGCGUGGUAUGUAGCUGCGUGCCGUGCUAAUGUGAAGAGUGGAGCCAUCAUGUCUAAUCUGUCCGACACCGAGAUCCAGCGCGAGAUUGGCAUCAGCAACCCUCUUCACCGUCUCAAACUACGCCUCGCCAUUCAGGAGAUCAUGUCUCUCACCAGCCCAUCAGCGCCACCUACCUCCAGAACGUCUUCUGGAAAUGUCUGGCUCACACACGAGGAGAUGGAGAGUUUGGCCGCCACGCCGCUCACGGAGGAUGAGGAGGGCAGCUGGGCCCAGACUCUGGCGUAUGGUGACAUGAACCACGAGUGGAUCGGUAACGACUGGCUGCCGAGCCUCGGUCUGCCUCAGUACCGCAGCUACUUCAUGGAGUCUCUGGUGGACGCUCGUAUGCUGGAUCAUCUGACCAAAAAAGACCUGCGCAGUCAGCUCAAAAUGGUGGACAGCUUCCACAGGAACAGUUUUCAGUGUGGCGUGAUGUGUUUGAGACGACUGAACUAUGACAGGAAAGAGCUGGAGCGGAGGCGUGAGUCCCAGGUGGAGGUCAAAGAUGUGCUGGUGUGGACGAACGAGCGCGUGCUCAGCUGGAUCCAGGCCAUCGGGCUGAAGGAGUAUGCUGGGAAUCUUCUGGAGAGCGGCGUUCACGGAGCGCUCCUCGCUUUAGACGAGUCGUUCGACCACAACGCCUUGGCGCUGCUGCUGCAGAUCCCUACACAGUGCACACAGGCGAGGGCGGUACUGGAGCACGAGUACAGCCGUCUGUUAGCAGCAGGAACGGAGAGGAGACUAGAGGAGGAUGAUGACAAGAACUUCCGCCGCGCGCCGUCCUGGAGGAAGAAGUUCCGGCCCAAAGACGUGCGCGGAAUGAGUGUGAGCUCUGCCGACACGCUGCCUGCUAGCUUCAGAGUUAGCGCUGGAGAUGCGUCCUCCGCCGCCCUGCUGACCAAGAAAUCACAGCUGGACGGAGGUGUGAGUGUUCAGCGUCUGGAUUCAGCUGCUGUCAGAACCUACUCCUGCUGAUCGUCUCAGGUGCAGCAGAAGCGGACGAGGCCCGUCGGGCUGGAGUUUCAGAGGAUGAGGAUCGGUUUGGUUUCUGUCACAGACCCGUGAUCCGUCAGAACUCUGUCAGCGUCUGCCAGCAGAAACGUUAGAUUCGACGCCUCUAUUCAUGUAAACUGAGGGACGUUCACUAAUUUAGCAGUGUCUCGUAUCGACUUUUGCUUGAUUUUAUUUGGUCACCUUUUAAUUCUGGCGUCCUAAUCCAGUUCAACUCUUUUAGCUGUAAUUUAUGUAUCACAAGUCCAAAGUUUGUACAUUUCCGUCUGUAGACGUAAUCUAACUUUUAUCAUUCUCUGUGAGUAUUUUUAUCCGCUACUUAUUCCUUUUGUUUAAUUCAUCCGGCUAAAAGUACUUUGUGUGAUUUAUCUUAACUUUGCUCUUCUCUUAAUUGAUUUUCCCCUGUUGAUUGUGAGAAAGUGGCCCGAAUCAAUGGCGUUGCGUGAAUAUCUGGGUUGGUACGUGUUUUAUAUCCUCUGAUAACAAAUCAAACCCUUGGAUAAGCCAUCAUUUGUAAUAAUUAUGAGGGCUAUUUUUAAUACAUCUUUCUACAGAUGUGAUCAUGAUGCAAGGUUUUUCUAGCAUCUGUUUCUGAAAGUCGCUGUUUAUCCAUUCCCUGUGCUGCGUUAGAGGUGUGUGUGACUGUGACAGUGUGUGUGUGUGUGUGUGUGUGUGAGACGUUGACUGAGUGAGUGAGUGAGUGAG